UUUCAUUCGAGGAGAACAUAGAGAGAGAAAACAUGGUUCGGGAACUGAAAGAAAUUACCGAUACGGAUGUUGGCGGUGUUGUCCUGGUCUUGUGGGCGGUUCUGGUGACCCUUUCUUCGAUUUGGGCCAUGAUUUUCUCGUGUGCAGAUGGCGUAUCGAAGGAGAAAACUACAUCAGACGACACAGGUUUCGUUGGUGGAGGAUGUGCGGCUGGCUGUGGAGGUUCUGGAUGUGGAGCAGUUUGUGGUGGAUAAAGCCUUGGAACUAACCAUAAAGCUUUAUGGAAUUACAAAGUGAGGCAGAUGCUAUGAAAUGCUAUAUACUAUAAAGUCGCUGCUUCUCCCUUUUGCUGUACUAGACAAGUGAUUCCAUUU